CGCCCAGGCGGCACCAGCACUUGAGCCGCCUGGGCGCCGCUCGCUGGUGGCGGGUGUGACGUCAGGCGGCACGAAGCAUGCGUCACAGCAGCCCGGGGGUGCACCACUGGUAACAUGUGUGACGUCAGGCGGCACAACAGUACCCUUGGAGCGGCGCUGUGUGCGCUUCAUUGACAACUUCAGCGCCGGCAACCGCGGGGCCGCCUCCUGCGAGCACUUCCUCGCGCACGGCUACUCCGUCAUCUUCCUCCACCGGCGUGGCUCCAUGCGUCCCUUCUGUCGCGGACUGCCAGAGUCGCCUCUCCUCACGUGCCUGCGAGCCUCGCCCUCUGCUGCCGUGCCCUGCACGGAGAAAGCAAGUGUUGCUGCAGACCGCCAGCAGCAGGGGAGGCAAGGCGCUGCCUGUGCGGAGGAGAGGGUGAGCGGGGCUGCAGGCGGCAGUGGGGAGGCGAGCGGCAUGGCAGCCAUUCCACCGUACACGGAUGCGGUGCAUCGAGCUGUGCUCAUGUUCAACCAGGCACAGGAGGGAGGGCGGUUGCUGCUGCUGCCAUUCACCACGCUCUUCCAGUACCUCCAGCUGCUUCGUCUGGUGGCAGAAGCCUUGAACCCCAUUGGUCCACGUGGCAUGGUCUACCUGGCAGCAGCAGUGUCUGACUUCUUUGUCCCCUGGCCCUCCAUGGUGGAGCACAAGAUUCAGUCGGGGGCAGGUCCCCUGGACAUCCACCUGGCGCGCGUGCCCAAGAUGAUUCCCCUCCUGCGCUCCCUCUGGUGCCCCGCCACGCUCCUCGUCUCCUUCAAGCUGGAGACGGACAGCAGCAUUCUGCUCAGCAAGGCGCGCUCAGCGCUGCAGAAGAACCACGUGCACGCCGUGGUGGCCAAUGAGCUGCUGACACGUGGCAGCAAGGUGGUGCUGGUGACAGAAGAGGGGGAGGAGGUGAUAGAGCGGGGCGAGGGGGGGUUGGGGGGGAAGGGGGCAGUUGCAGACGUGGAGGAGCCGCUGGGGGAGGAGGUGAUAGAGGUGGGCGAUGGGGAGAUGCGGUUGGGGACGUGGAAGGGCCGCUGGCAGCUGUGGGCGCAGGAGACGGGGGAAGGGGAGGAGGUGAUGGAGUGGGCGCAAGGGGGGAGUGGGGCACGUGGAGGGCGCUGGUGA